AUGGAUUUCCUCUUCAACUCGCUCGCGGCGCCCGACCCCGCCUCGCCGCCGCCGGAGCCGGACACCGCCGGAUCCGCCUCGCCCCCUCCCCCCGCCGCCACCUCCGGCUGGGGCUUCGGCGGGCUGCUCAAGACGCUCACCACCCAGUCCGAGACCGUGCUGGAGACCUACCGCCGCGACCUGGCCGAGUUCAGCACGGGCCUGCGCCGCGAGACGGACGCCUUCCGCGAGGCGGCCGCCCGGGCCGCCCGCGACCUCCCGUCCUCCGCGCACGCGCUCGACGGGCUCGCGGACAUCGUCGCGCAGGGCAAGGACGCCCUCGCCCAGGCCGCCGCCGCCGCCACUCCCUCCUCCACCCCCCCGUCCGCGGACGCCGCCGAAUCCGACCCCAGCUCCGCGUCGGGCCACCUCCGCUACUACAGCCGCUUCGAGGCGCAGCUGCGCGCGCUCCAGUCCGAUCCGGCCACCUUCGGCGCCGAUCCCGAGGACGCCGAGGACUUCGCCGCCUGGAGGAGGGAGGCCGGGUUCAGCGUCGACGAGCGGCAGGAGGAGAUCGAGGCGCUCUGCUACGAGAGCGACGCCGUGGAAGGCAUGCUCGACAGGCUCGUGCCGGACGCUGUCGACGCCGAGCUGUUCUGGGCGAGGUACUUCUACCGCGUCCAUAAGCUGAAGCAGCAGGAGGACGCCAGGGCCAAGCUCGUGAAGCGGGUCAUCGCGCAGGAGGAGGAGGAGGAUCUCAGCUGGGAGCUCGAUGAUGAGGUCGAGGAGGAACCACCAACAGAGCAGCAGGAGAUCAAGCAAGCAUCCAUCAAUGAAGAACCAAAACAUGAAGUACAAGAGAGGGAGGCUGAAAACAGCAUCGAGGAAGUGAAACAAGCCGGCGCUCUGGAUAAGGAAACGAAGAACGCCGAUGCGCCGCAGCCGGAAGUUUUCGGCAGCUCUAUGGUGGUGGUGGACAAGGAGGAGAAGGAAGACGCAUCCAAAUCGAUCGUCGAAGAAUCAAGCGAAAUAAAAACUGUUGCGGAGGAACCACGUUCUAGCGCUGGAGAUGACGCGGUGAAGGAAGGGGCGAAGCACGAGACAAGCGACUCGAGCAAGGACAGCGACUACUCCUUGGUGUCUAGACAGCAAACGGCGACCGAGGAUGAUCUUGAAUGGGACGAGAUUGAGGAUCUCGGGGAGCAUGAAGAGAAGAAGGGGAGUGCUCAUGGCUCAAGCCCUGCUCCGAAGGAGGAGUUGCGUAAGAGGCUCAGUGUUGCUGAAGAUGAUGAGGAUUUGAGUUGGGACAUUGAGGAUGACGAUGACAAGGCCUGAGAAGCCAUCCUGGUAUGAUAGUGUCGAUUGUAUUGUCUACAUUUUUUUUAUAUUCCUUUACCUGUGCAAGAUACUGUCGUGUGACCAAUAAGUAUUGGUUUAGCUGUGCCACUUAUGCUAUUGAUACAUGUGUAAACUCAAGCUUGAUGUUAUCUUGUGGCAUUUGGCUAUGCAGGAAUGCAGCAAUUCGCUAAUGUGUUUAUGUUACUGUAAA